AUGUCAUCCUUCGAUCCAAAUGAACCUGAUCAUAGCAGCUCUUUAGAAAUAGUGGAUGCUGGUAAACACAACACUGGGACAGAUAUAACACUAAUAUACAACCCUACAACAGGAGGUCAGUUAGUCCUGAUUUAUGGAUUUGUAGCCAAAAGAUAUCAGCAUUACUGAAAAUUUCCGUAACCUUGUUUAGGGUUUCGUGUGGAAGGUGGAAUUAUAAAUUCCAUGAAGACAUAUGCUACUCUUACAGUCGAGUCAAACAACAGGAGUCAUAGUUUCUCGAAUACUGAGCAAGGUAUAAAAUAGAUAGUAUCUUCAUAAAGUCAUUUAACAAGCUUGAAACACUCAACCGACAAGAAAUGUACACAGGUUUUAUGCCAUACAGAAUACCAUCCUGACUCAAAGGGUUCUAAGAUGGCUAUUAAACAAAUUUACCUCUCAUAACGUCGAAAAUACCAACGACUGCAGAGUAGCAGUGAUACACAGAGGCAUGGUCUUCAACUUGUCAUAAUGACAUUACCACAGACCAGACUAAUCUUCGGCUGAUCAAACCUAUCAAAUUUGUUACUCCUGCAUAGUUUUCCUGGUGCGAAGAGGAGCAAUCACUGACGUAAACACAAUCACUGAAGUAAAAGCAGAGUCUAACGAAGGUCACACUUAUACCAUCACCCGUGGAAGAGACGGAGGUAAAUACACAGAAAGAUUCAACUACCGCCACCUUGAACGUUAAUACAAAGUUAGCACCUAAGUUUAUCGCGUCGUACUUCGCUACCUUCAGAGAUGUUCGGGAAAGCUAUUGAAUAUUUUUCAUUGUAGGGUACACUGCCAAAUCGAGGCGGACUUGGCUAAGCCUCCGACCUUAAGGAAAUUUGGACGAUCGAGGUAAGAAAUGGAAAGUAGAGGACUCAAUACUAACGUCAUGAAGCUGCUUUAACAUUUAACACACUGGCAAACACUAAAAGUAAAAAGCACCUGAGUUCCAAUGCUCAAGUCUUUAAUGACUUCAUUACUUUACAAUAGUUUGCCAACGGCAAUUUAAUUAAGCGCUGUAUAUGUUGACUUCCCUUCAAUGUGCGUAACAUAACUAGCACAAGCUGCUUCUUAUUCUUAUUCUGCUUAUUCUUGACAGAAAUCUACGCAAAUCAAGCAAGAUCUUCGUUUACGACCAGCGUUUGAAUUCCUUGCUUAGACGCCAGUUAAAAUAGUUCAAGUAGUCGUUUAUACAUCAUCAUCAGUGUCGGCAAUAAAGUUACGUUUACCUCGCAACCUUGUGAUUGUAUUUGAGUUUACAAUGAAAAACAAUAAUUUAUCGAAAGAGCGAAAGCAAUUUAGCAAAAAAACUGAUCAAAAUCGUUUUUCUCCUAGUUUUAACUCCGCCUACAGAAUUCCGUAAAACAAUACAUGCGUGACAAAUUAAACAAGUUUCACUUAGCUACCUUUUGCGUUUAACAGUCAACUAAUAAGCCAAGAAUUCAGAAACGGCAAUAAGCUUUUUCAUUUUAACUUAGCAAGGCAAUAAGCAAAAUGUCAGAUUAUCCGCCCCCCGAACCUCGGAACCACCGUAUAGAAAUAGUGGACGUAGGCACAUGGUUCAGAUCAACGCCGGAUAUCACGAUAACAUACAUGCCCAGAUCAGGUCAGUAUCUUUUAGAGUUACACUUAUUGGCCAAGGAGUUUUAAAUUUGCUUACAGAUUAGUUAAAUCUUGUUUAGACUGCAAAGUGAAGAAUGGCGCCGGAAAGAUAAUAGGUAUAAAAAGGACCAUAACCAUCGAAACCCGGAAUGGAAGUACCUUCAGGAUCACGCGCUAUGCGAAUGGAGGUAAAUACGAAUGGACAAUCGCGUAAUGAAGGCUAUUCAUCCGACGCUUGUUGUUUUGUUUUUUGUUACUUAAAAACACGAUGCUACGAAAAAAAAUCUGUAGUUAUUUCUGAUUGCUCACUUCACACUAAGGAACGCUCAAAUAUGAGUACGAAAACAAAUCCCAAAUUUCUUACUUGUAAAUAGUAAAACCAGUGGAGGAGACUAGUAAUCUGAAGUUUUGAUGCAAAUAGCUCAACGUGCUGAACACUCUUUUAUACCCAGACGUACGAAGAAAAACACUGUAAUAAUAAUCUUUUAUUGAGAUGACUUUCACGACUUUCACUACUUUCACUACUUAAAGCACUACGUAAUUGUAAGUCUAACACGUUUAGACUAGCGCUGUUUAGUAAACCAAUAGACCUAAAAUUUGAGCUGCAAGAUUCGAAGCAAGUUAAAGCUGUAGUAACCGCAGAAAGGGUUAGGUCUAACUUCGCGAAAUAUUAUCCCGGCAGAAGUAUGAUUAGGACCUUAAACUAGCUUCUUAAAGCAUUUUUCUUCCAAACCUCCUGACAAGUUACACUGUGUAUGUAAAAACCGAUGCAACACAUUGACAGAAAUCAGUGCUGAAGAUUUUUUUGUGACUUACAGAGUACAAGGCGAAAUCUUGGUUCACAUGGGUAAAUCGCCGUCAAUAAAAGAGGUAAGCUAAAAAUACAGCAAAAACAGAAGAGCAAGAAGAAGUUGUGCGGAACUGUUUUCUUUCAUCUUUAUUCCUUAUUUUCUAAACACUUUUGCGAGAUUCACAUAUUCAUCUCCCUAUAAUCGGUAUUCUAAAAACUCCGUACUUAAACAUUGCUAAUGGAGUGUUGAUCUCGAUAGAUCCAGACCUUACCAAACACUUUGCAAACUAAAAUGACAUUCAAAAAAGUAAGCAGUACCACUGAGCAAAACUAGGUAACGAUGUUAACAAGUUAAAUACACAAUCCUUAAAUACAUUCAAGCGAUGCAAGAGACAUGUGUUCGGCGAACAUAUUGCCCUGAAACGUGACCUGAGCGCCAUUCGGCUUUGAAAGGGCUUUGCCCAAGAUUUAUUUGCAACAUUCCCACGCGUCGUCGCCUUCGAUUGGAAAAUCCAAAUUUUGAAUUUUGCAAUCGAACGCAAAAUGCGAAAACGGAUUUUACCUCCGAGAAAGACGUCCGCACCCUGAAUAAGGAUUCUACUUAAGACGAGACAUACAAUGGAGCUAACAUGCGAAUUUCCGUUUUUUCCCCCAGACACCAAUAUACUUCGAUGAGGGGUUUUGAUUGACAAGACCACUGCGCAAACAAGCUCAUUGAGGCAAUGCAACUGAUAUGCGUGAUUGAGUGUUAUAAAUAGAUUAGGAGUUGUUGAAAUGGGACUAUUAAAAUAUCUUUAAUUUCAACCGAGAAUGUGUUUGUAUUGUAAAUGAUUUGGACCCGGACAAGUGGUAUAUGAGUAAAGUCGUAUGUUGGUGACAGUGAUGGACGUCUCGACAACCUGUGCCGUGCGAGCGAACAGGAGCUCAAAAGAUGGUUAACUUUACCCCGGGGAAUACUCAAAUUAUGAGCAAAGUUUUCUCUGCUAAGAAUGUGUAACUUUAGCUCACAAAUAUUGUCGAGCCUUUAAUGAAAAACCAGUUUACUAACUACAAAAUGCUACUCCAAAACAACUCAUAGGAAAAAAAAGUAAUCAUGAGUUAAAAGUUAGAUUGCCCAGGAAGGCGCUAACGGGCUUUCGAAUCAUCAAAGGCGAUGUUAUUGGUCGUUUUUCCUGUUAAACCGUAACAUUAUCGGCCUUGAAAACUCGAAACGUGAGUGGUGCGCUUUUAUUGUCCUUCCCAUAAGGCACUUCGAGCAUCAGCUGUGAUUCACCUCAAAAAUACGUGCUGGUGUCAGCGACUCGACGCAAGCGUUCCGACAUCAGUGGACAUAGAGCACGAGAAAAGAUUAACGUUCCAAAAAAUAGCUACGAAAGAAACAACAUGUCAUUCUUUUCAACGCCGAGCCCAAAUUACCAAGAGGUUGUCGAUGUCACCACAUCUUACUAUACAGGUCCGGAUUUCAUAUUGACUCGUUACCCCAGACCAAAUGAAGGUAAGAUCUAAUCCUCGUUUCGUUUUAAAGACAGGAUGCGCACAAACGCUUACUUUUAAUGUUGUCCUGUUUAGGAUUUGGUGUCAACAGAGGUCGAAUACUAAGCGUCGAAACUGUAACUACUAUUAGGGUCCAAGCCAGUAAUGGAGAAAUAUUCACCAUUACCCGGGACGAAAACGGAGGUAAGCAUGUAUACUGAAAAAUGAACCAGGCGGUUGCAAGUCAAAAGUUCACAAAUAUAGAAGAGCUAGGCUAGUUUUCUGCCAAUUUUUACUCUUGGCAAUAAAAAUCAAUACCAAAGUUAAGAACGAAGCGGGUUUUUGUUUUUCCGAAAUAAAACUUGACGAACAUGCCGAUUAUUCUCAUCGAAUGAUGCCCAAUCCAUGUGACCCGCUACGAUCCUUAAAUUAAUCCUUUUUGGUACAAUAAUAUCAGUUCAAUUCAGAACAUGUAUAGGCGAUAUUCAGUAGAACCUUUUACAAAAGAACUAACUUCUUACAGAAAGCGUUAACUGUAACCUUUGUGUUCGAGAUCAUUGGUGUUUUUUCCCCUUUUAGGAUAUGGGACAAACCACACCAGAACUCGAGCAAGGCGACGUUAAAAAGGUAAAAACCUACCAUCCUUGAACUGUUUUUUUGGUUUUGUUUUUUGCUUCCUUACGUUAUGACGUUUGAACACAUGACUCAAAGGCAUUUAUCCGACCGUAAUUGCAAAUGUAACAAAGUCAAAUUGCUAUAUAAACAUCACUGACAUACGUUCAGAGAAAGGACUACGUACUACUCGAUAACUCUCACAGAUUAAUGCACGGGAAUUUCUCCCGAGUGGCCUUAUAUCUCAGAAUAACCUCACCAUGGUCACACUUCAGGAUUUCAUCCACCUUGUACAGCAUUAUUAACAGUACCACAUGAAAUAUCUUCUCAGUAGCAAUGGCUAUACUUUAGAAAAUAAUCAUUAUUAGGGAAACAUGACUUGUAUAUCUGGUUACGAUGAUGCAAGUAAUGAUGCGGGUAAUGCGGAAAGCAAUUUUGAUUAUCAUGGUGUGCAAUACACUUCCCUCAUACAGGAAUCUUUCCAUUUCUACACAGAGAAUGCAUUAAGCUACAGAAAGGCAGGUUACGAAAUGAAAUGCCCUUAAACUUCAUUUUGAAAGAGCGGUUCCUCGUGUUUAAAAAUUUCGACCAAUCAUAAGGCUUGCAAACAAUAGCCAAGAAAAGUUUACAAAUUCACAUUUUCCUCGAAGAGAAUUUUGCUGUUAUUUAAACUCAGACGAGAUUUGUUAUGAGAAAGUUGUCUGGAAAACUGAGGCUUAAUAUACAUGCUGCUUCACGAAGUUUUCCCAAAUUUUGCUCUUAAACAUAUCAGAAGUAAAGUACAGAAAAUAGUAACUUUAGCACUUUUUUGCAUUCCGAUAAGUUCCUUGCCAUUGUUACUUAUCUUUUUAUAUGGGCAAUCACUUACAUCAACCUAAACUUCUGUUAUUUAUAUUUGGCGAGAGAAAAACUUUCUCUUUUGUGAUCUUAUUUCAGGAUGCCCAGGAGACUCUGAAACACUGGACCUUUGUAGACAAGACUGA